GGGAGGCUCCAAUGGGGACCAAAGAGUUCCAGUGUGGAGGCCAUGAGUCUGCUCUCCUGGACUGUAGCUCAGCCUCAGAGAGAAACACCUGCUCACCUGGCACAGCUGUUAGGCUCACCUGCUCAGAGCCUGGUGGUGUUCAGCUGGUGGGAGGAGAGAGUCGCUGUGCAGGAGACCUUGAGCUGAAACAUGAGGGAGAAUGGAGACCAGUGUGGGGCUAUGGCUCUCCCUGGACCCUGAAGGCAGCAGCUGUUGCCUGCAGAGAGCUCGACUGUGGCUCUGCUCUUUCUGUAAAAAAGAGAUCUGAGUCCUACAGACCUACGUGGUGGAUCAGCUCUGAGUGUGUUGAGUCUGGAUCUGCUCUGUGGGAGUGUGCAGCCUCAAGUUCCACUUCCUACAUCCUGAAUCUCACCUGCUCAGAUAAGCUGCUUCAGCCCAACAUCUCAGUGUCCUCCUCCAUGUACGGGGUCUCCGGGGCCAAGCAGCAGGGGUUCCAGGUGUUCCAGGUGUUCAGAGGCUCCACCUUCACCAUCAGCUGCUCCAUCCAGCCUCAGUACCCAGGAGGCUCCUUCCAGCUCAACUUCACCUCCAUCAACUCAGCAAGCAACUACUACUCAGAGACAGCUGUCAAUCACUCUGCCCACUUCCUGUUCCCGGCUGCAGAGCCCGCCCACCAGGGAAGCUACAGCUGUGUUUAUCACGUCUCUGCUUUUUCUCAGGACUUCUCUGAGAGCCGUCUGCUCUCCGUCACCGUCACAGGUGUUCCAUCAGAUCCAGAACCUUUUAUCAUCCGAGCCGUCGUCCUGCCGCUGACUCAGCUGCUGGUGCUGCUGGUGACCAUCGGACUUUACUUCUACUGCAAGGCCACCAGGGGGCGGAGGCCGAGCCGACAGGAGGACAUUGAGCUGGAUUACCUGGGUGUUCCUGCUGAAGAGGAAGGAGCUCAGGGAGCAGAGUAGCAGCUCCACGGAGCUCCUCUCUCACACAUGGGUUUAUCAGCUCUUAUA